CUCCUCGACUGAUCUGCAAACCACGCACUCGGCCUCUUCACGACACAACCCUUGCCCCUUACAGAACUACUACCCCCUCCAUACAUCAUGUCUUACGCAGAGAUGGCUGCCAAGGGCCCCAAGCAGAGCCCCGAGGAGGCUCGCGCCCCAGCUCAACCCCAGGUCGAGCACGCCUCUGAUGAUAGCGUCCACUCCCUUGUCGACGUAGACAGCCCGCACAUCUCUUCCGUUCCCUCCGACUACGAGUCGCAAGAAAUCAAGACCGACACUCAGGCUGAGCGCAUCGAACGCGAAGAGGAAAUCAAGGAAGAAGUCAAGAACGUCAAAGAACGGGCUGCUGCAAAGAAGGAUGCCGCGAAGGAGAAGGUGAAGAAAAACGCCGAUAACCCGGUUGUGCUGAGCAAUGCGGUCGGUCUGGCCGUCGUUGGUGGCAUUGUUGGAUUCGGCGCAUACAGGCAGUAUGUUCGCGGCGAGUUGACCGGCAAGGUCGUCGCAGCAUGGGCUGCUGUCAUUGGACUAUUUGGUGUUGGCGACUACUAUGUCAGCCAAUACUUCUUCAAGCGCAACCCCCCGAAAUAGACAUCAUUCGAUCGUCUUUUUCAGAUUCGCACUUCACUUCAAUAGCGUUUUCAUACAACAAAUUCGUACUGAGAUCUUGAUCAUCUGGACUGUACCAAUUUGGCUAUGUUACUUUUGCUUUCUCGCGGUACCAUACAG